AUGAAUUUGGAUUCGACCUUUUUGUCGGUGAAUAUCUCAGUGUCUCCAUUCAGUACAGUGGACCGUAAGAAACGGCCACGUAAUGAUAGAAGAAUCCAGGAAUGUGCCAUGUCUAUUCAACGGACGUUUCAAGAGGCUAUUAUGGGUCAUUUACAUUCUCGGACCGAGAUUGUGAUCUCGCUUCAUGUUCUGGCACAAGACGGCGGGUUCUUUGCUGCGUGUAUAAAUGCCACCAGUUUAGCAUUGAUAGAUGCUGGUGUUCCCAUGUACGACUAUGUCAGCGCAUGUUCGACUGCUUUAUACGACUCAAUCAGUCCUCUUCUGGACCCUAACAAUGCCGAAGAGUCAGAUCUGCCUUUCCUCACUGUAGCCACUAUCGGCAAGACCGAAAAAGUAUCUAUGCUUCUCCUCGAAAGCAAAGUACCACUCGACCGUCUAGAAUCGCUCAUUGCUGUCACUAUCUCGGGCUGUCAUUCCCUUCGCGACCAAAUGGACCGUCAAGUCCGCAAGCACGGCCACUUACGCAUCACCAAACGCUCCGAAUAG